AUGGUUAUUAAACCAUUCGUUACUACUUAUCUUAAAAAAACAUGUAAUGAAAGAUUUAUAUUACAGAUAAAACGAUAUGUAACAUCUCAUCAAUAUAGCACUCAAAUUAGAUCAGAGCGGUCGAUUCUUUAUAAACCAAAUAAAUGGGAAGCAAUUAUCGGAUUAGAAGUUCAUGCACAAUUAAAUUCAAAGACAAAAUUAUUUUCUUCGUCAUCCACAUCUUUUAAUGAACCUGUUAAUACCAACGUAUCAGUAAUCGAUGCUUCAUUUCCGGGAACACUUCCGCAAUUGAAUGCUAAAUGCAUUGAACUUGCUGUCGCAGCAUCAUUAGCAUUAUCAGGAAAUGUUCAAUUAAUAUCUUCAUUCGAUCGCAAACAAUAUUUUUAUCCUGAUUUACCAGCUGGUUAUCAAAUAACUCAACAUUAUGCGCCAAUAUCUCUUGGUGGUAAGGUCUUUCUAAAUUAUUUAGAUGGAUUAGAAUAUGAAACUAUGGUUAGAAUCAAACAGAUUCAACUUGAACAGGAUACAGGUAAAAGUAUCCAUGACAUUGUACCUGGUAUGACUUUGAUUGAUUUAAAUCGAGCAGGAAUUGGAUUAAUAGAAAUUGUUACUGAGCCAGACAUGAGGACACCAAAGGAGGCAGGCUUAACUGUUAAGAAGUUGCAAUCAAUACUUCGGGCAAUUGGAUCUUCAGAUGGUAACAUGGAAGAGGGUUCAUUGCGGUGUGAUGUUAAUGUUUCUGUGCAUGAACAUGGAACUCCAUAUGGAACAAGAUGUGAAAUUAAAAAUUUGAAUAGUAUUAAAUUCCUUAUGGCUGCUAUUGACGUGGAAAUAGAGAGACAGAUAAAUGAGCUAGAAAAUGGUAAUAAAAUCGUGCAAGAGACUAGAGGAUUUGAUGUAAAAAAAAAUAAAACAUAUAGAUUAAGAACAAAAGAAACUGCUACUGAUUAUAGAUAUAUGCCUGAACCAGACUUGCCACCAUUAAUAUUAAACAAGGAUUAUAUCACGCGUAUAUCGGACAAUUUACCCGAAUUGCCGGACGACCUUAAAACAAGAAUAAUGAAAAAAUAUGGUAUUCCAUUGCACGAUGUUAUAGUAUUAAUGAAUGAAACCGGAGGUAUUAAAUAUUUUGAGGAGGCAGUAAAGAAUCGUAAUCCACAACACGUUUCAAAUUGGAUUACGCACGAAUUAUUUGGACGUCUACACGCAAGAAACAUCAAGUUUUCUCAGAAUCCAGUGUCAGCACUUCAGCUAGGUUCUGUCAUUGAUUGCGUUGACAAUGGUGAUAUCACAGGAAAAGUUGGAAAGAAGAUUCUUGAAAAAAUUAUCUCUGGAGAUUCAAGAUUGGCCUCUACAAUAAUCCAAGAAGAGGGCUUGAGGCAAUUAAAUGAUAUUAAUGAACUUGAAGUAAUCUGUCAAGAAGUUAUUUUACAAAAUCCUGAACAGUUAAAAUCCCUCAGAGAAGGAAAGCAAACCGUUUUCGCUUGGUUCGUAGGACAAGUAAUGAACAAAACGAAAGGACAAGCAAAUCCUAAAUUAGUCAAUGAAAUAUUAAGGAAAUUGUUAUAA